AUGUUGAUACGAUCAAUUUUGCUUCUUUUGGUAUUUCUAACCGUGAUCUCGUCGAGUACAUUGUUUGGCAAUUGGAGAUCGAAGUUUCGAAAAUACAAAACCAAAGCCAAAGAUAAAAUCACGGAGAAAAUCCAUGAAAAAUCUCAAUGUCCAAUUGCAUGGCAAUAUUUCGCUGCCUCGUGCUAUUGGAAGUUCCCAAUUAAACGUUCAUGGAGUGAAGCACGUCACGAAUGUGGAAGAUUUCGCGCAGAUCUUGUUGUCAUCGAUAGUGAUAAUGAAUUUGAUUAUAUCGCCAGAAACCUAACCGAUCUACGAGAAGAUUUCUAUGUGGGAUUUCAUUAUUUCAACGAAUCAUGGUCGUGGAUUAAUGGCCGAGCUUUAUCAGAUUAUACAUAUUAUACCGAAGAUGAUCUAUGUGAGAAUCGAUUGCCAAGCGAACCUCGUCAUCGUUCGUGUGGUAUUCUUGAUCGUGCUCGUCGAGGACGAUUAUGUAUGAAUGUUGAUGUGUGUGAUCGAAAAUUGAAUUUUAUCUGCGAAAAAGUGGUCGAUCGGUGCAGUUCGUUGAAUGAUAUCUGUGGUAAACAUGGUCGAUGUGUGAAUACCGAUGACGGUCAAUUUCGCUGCGAAUGUCAUUUUCUCUACGGAGGAAAUCGAUGUCGAUCAAUUAGUCAAGAAGGUGGUCAAGUCAUCAUGGCAGCAACAUUUGUUAUUCUUGCAUGCAUAACUCCGAUCCUACUACGAUCAAUCUAUAGAAUAUUGAAAAAGAAAUUAGAUCGUUCUUCAGCCAUCUAUGGUAAACUUCAUUGUUUAGAUAACAGUAUUUUUGGUCGACCGAAACAUAAACUUCGCCAUGAAAGAAGACAAGACAAAAGCCUCGACAGCCUUUUCAAAUUAAUCUCCACUCUUUCCUACACAAACUUCUGCAAUUCAUCCACUUUUCUGCUUAUCAUCAGUACAUUGCUGAUCGCAGCAUUUUGUCUCAUAACUAUACCAUUCGUUCAAUAUCGUCUUUCUCUCCCAGCCAUAUCAAAUCACAGUAGUAAUGUGACGUUAACACAAAAACUGAAUUCAACUAUCCGUCGGCUCUAUCAAUGUCAACAGUUUGAUAAUUAUGUUUGGCAAAACUUUGUUUCAUUACCAUUCGCUGUUCUGGUGACAUUCAUAUGUUCGUGUUUGAGAAAACGCGAUACAUUCUGUCUGCAAUUCUGCAAUGGACGCCCAUCGAUACCGAUACCGUUUAAUCUGUUCGAUAAACGACAACGUCAUGUCAUCGCAGCCAUCUUCGGCAUAUCGGCGAACGAAGUCUUGAAAAUCUUAGAAGAACUUCUAGUUCGACUGAAUGCGAAUUAUACCGUCAGUAAUGGUGGAAUCAUCGUUGAACUAUUAAAACGAAUUGGAGUAGUAUUACUCAUUGGAAUGAGAUACUUUCCAGUACUAGUGACUAUAAAUAUUGCGCAUCCACUCUCCUAUGCUCUUGGAUUGAUCUAUACAUUUCUUGAUGGUGCUUAUUCGUUAGUUUACACAAGCUAUUGUUCGCGUUUUUCGUUAUUCCGUUUUGGACGAACAUUACUCUUACAAAAAUCGGCUGACGAAUUAACUCAAGCAGAUAUAAUUUACAUUAUUGUUCGAAAUUUUCCACAUUUUCUAUUGAUAUCAUUUGUAUUCGUCAAGUUUGCCUUCUUAUUAAUGCAACAAUUGAAAUGUCGGUGUUGUCAACAAGCAACUAUGAUCGAUGGAAAGGUUCAUCAAGUUUCAUUGGUUUCAUCGACCCUUUCUGUCGAUUUAUCAGUGCCUGAUUAUCAAACAAAACCAGAAUUUCUCUACACACAAGGUUUACUGAGCAGUAAAACACCUUCUGACAUGUAUUAUAACAAUGUUCUCACACGUCCAUUUGCCAAAAUCUAUCGUUGGCAUCGUUAUUUCACAUUUUCCAAUCAAAUUCUUGCGACUUACACAGUUGUGCUAAUUGUUAUUCAUAAUCUCACAUGUUUAUUAACCUUCUACGGUAUUAAUACCGUGAAAAGUUAUCUCGAUCGUAUCCAUUUAUUAGUGCUCCAUCAACUAAACUGGGAUAUCGAUUGGGGUACAACUUUUGUUAAUGAUCUUUUUCUCUGUUCAAUUAUCUCGGUUCUUAUUUAUUGUUCACAAAUUUUCAAUGGCUUAAUCAAAAUUCAACAGCAUCUCGUCGCUGCCUAUGCCGGAAAGUAUCUCGAUAUUCCUCCUCGUCAUAACUUUUCCAAUAAUGAGCUCAUGUCGAAGUGCUUACACUUCUCUGGUUAUCUGUGCGGCUAUACAGCAUGGGGUUUUAUUAUAUUUUAUAAAAUUUCCUUUGUUUUCUGUCUCCUUCUCCGUCUAUGGAUUCGUUAUGAUUCUCGAUGGUUUCAGAAUAUGUUGGCUAUAUGUUUACCAAUCGUAUUGGUCUACUUAUUGAAACAUAUUCUCAUAUCUAUAUUAUCCGAAUUUGUUUUCUUGCAAAAUUUUGGUCGAACACCAUCGUUGAACAAUCGACGGAUCUAUUUCAUAUUUAGUUAUUUUAACUUUUUCUUCGAUUGCUUUCUUGGCAUUUUAUCAUGUUUUAUUCGGGUAUCCAAAGCAGUUUUAGCUUCGUUUAUGUUCAUGGGAAGAUUAGAUUACUCAUUUAUGGGAAGAAAUCUCGAACGGUUAGAUCAAGGCUACGCCACAUAUGUUACUUUUAUUCAUAUGGAAGUUAUUCAUGGACAUCCACUGAUGGUAACUUUUUGUGAUAUUGUUUGGCAUGAGAUCGAACGAAAACGUCGCAUCAAUCAACAGUCGAAAACCAAUAAAUUAGUGUAUGAUAGUAUCACACAUACACGAGUUCAUCUCGCUCGGUUCAAAUGGCAACUUUGUUAUACACUAGUUCGUAAUGAAUAUUUGAAAUUUCUUCGAAAGCAUGCGCUGUUAGUUGCAACCAACGGCGCAGGUUUAAUAUCGUCGACAACAGCAGCCGCUGUUGUUCUAACUGGCAAUUCAUCAGACGAAAAACAACGGAACAAUGAACAGCAUUCAUCGAUUUUAUUAUAUGAUCGGCCAAUAAUGAAACAGCCACCGAUUCCAGCCAAACGAUCCGGUUAUCGAUAUAAUUUUGAUUACGAACAGACAAGUGAUCUUCGUUUUAUCUAUCAACAAUUGAAAUGUUUAACAAACAAUGUUGCACAAUUGAAGAAUCCUAAUCGACGAGACAAUGACGUGGACGAGAUUUAUCUCUCAGCGGAUCAAUCCGAAACGAAAAAACAGCCGUCACAAGUAACUUGUACAUUUCACAAUAUGCCAACCAUCCAACGUCGAUAG